UAGUCGGAAUACGGAUAGGAAGAGAACUAAGUAAACAUUCAUAUCUAUUAUAGAAACAUGGCGUCGCAGCAGGGAGAGAUAGACGAGUUGUUCGAUGUAAAAAAUGCCUUUUAUAUCGGGAGUUAUCAACACUGCAUUAACGAGGCUCAGAAAGUAAAGACAUCAGGACCUGAGAAAGAACUGGAGAAGGAUAUUUUCCUGUACAGAGCGUACAUCGCACAGAGGAAGUUCGGCGUGGUGCUUGAGGACGUAAAGCCGAAUUCCUCAGAAGAGCUGAAGGCUGUGCGGAUGUUUGCAGAUUACAUGUCCAGUGAUGCCAAAAGGGACGUCAUCGUGGCUGAGCUGGAUAAGAAGAUGAGUAAGAGCGUGGAUGUGUCCAACACCACCUUCCUGCUGAUGGCCGCAUCCAUCUACCUGCACGAGGGGAACACGGACGCGGCGCUGCGCACGCUGCACCAGGGCGAGAGCCUCGAGUGCAUGACGAUGAGCAUUCAGAUCCUUCUCAAGCUCGACCGGCUCGACCUCGCCAGGAAGGAGCUGAAGAAGAUGCAGGAGCUGGAUGAAGACGCCACGCUGACUCAGCUGGCCACGGCCUGGGUGAACCUAGCAGUCGGAGGAGACAAGCUGCAGGACGCCUUCUACAUCUUCCAGGAGAUGGCUGAUAAAUACUCGCCCACUCUGAUCCUGCUGAACGGUCAGGCGGCGUGUCACAUGGCCCAGUGCAAGUGGGACGAGGCCGAAUCGGUCCUGCAGGACGCGCUGGAUAAAGACAGCAGCCAUCCUGAAACACUCAUCAACCUGAUUGUCUUAACGCAGCAUCUGGGUAAAGCUCCUGAGGUCACCAAUCGCUAUCUCUCUCAGCUCAAAGACGCCCACAAGUCGCAUCCGUUUGUGAAGGACUAUCUCACCAAGGAGAAGGACUUCGACAGACUGGUGAUGCAGUACGCUCCCAGCGCCUGAACCCGACUCCGGACCUCCUAAAUAAACCCCUCUUUCUUUUUCCUCUUGUUGUUGCUGUCAAUAUGUUCUGUUUAAUAUUCUGUAAACAUUCCUGUACACUGAUUUAAUAAAUCCCCUUUAUACCACA